AUGAGUGGAGAAGGAAAGGUGGUUUGUGUGACAGGUGCUUCUGGUUAUAUUGCUUCAUGGAUUGUCAAGUUCCUUCUUCAACGUGGUUACACCGUCAGAGCCACUGUCCGUGAUCCGAGUAAUCCCAAAAAGGUUGACCACUUGAUUAAACUUGAUGGUGCAAAGGAGAGGUUGCAACUCUUUAAGGCUGAUCUUUUGGAACAAGGUUCAUUUGACUCUAUUAUUCACGGCUGUGAUGGUGUCUUUCAUACUGCUUCACCUGUUCGUCAUGCCGUUGACGACCCUCAGGCUGAGUUGAUUGAUCCAGCACUAAAGGGAACUAUUAAUGUUCUUAAAUCAUGUGUGGAAUCACCAUCUGUGAAACGAGUAGUCUUAACUUCUUCUACUGCUGCAGUUGUAUUUAACACGAGGCCAAAGAAUCCAGAAGUCAUAGUUGAUGAGACAUGGUUUUCAGAUCCAGAUUUCUGUAGGGAAUCACAGUUAUGGUACGCACUUUCAAAGACUUUGGCUGAGGCUGCUGCAUGGAAAUUUGUAAACGAAAACAAGAUUGACAUGGUUGUUAUUAAUCCAGCAACUGUUUUAGGACCUCUCUUACAACCAGAGGUUAACCAAAGUGUUAAACCAAUUUUAAACCUAAUAAAUGGUAUACCUUUCCCAAAUAAUAUUCUUGGAUUGGUCAAUGUGAAAGAUGUUGCGAACGCACAUAUUCUUGCAUAUGAGAUUGCUUCAGCUAGUGGAAGAUAUUGUUUGGCUGAGAGAGCGAUACACUGCUCAGAACUUGCUAAGAUUUUACAUAAUCUGUACCCCACAUUUCAAAUUUCAGACAAGUGUGAGAAUGAAGAACCAUAUUUGCCAACGUAUCAGAUUUCCAAUGAAAAGGCUAAAAGCUUGGGAAUCGAGUUUACUCCUUUGGAAGUAAGCCUCAAGGAGACUUUGGAAAGCUUCAAGGAGAAAAAGAUUGUCGACUUUUAA